AGUGUGACAGAGGUGCAGCGUGAGCACCCCUCCUUCUCUUCCAUCAUCUUCCCUCCUCCUCAUUCCUCCUAUACUAUGUACAUUUCAUAGAAGUGCCUCCUGCCUUUGACAUGUGCUGAGCUGGCUUUCAUGAUAAGCUGUUAUCUGCGCGCUGCAUGUAUGACCACUCCAAAUAAACAUCGCUCUAUUGGAGACCAAGUACAUCCCUAGCUGGACACACAUACAGGCUGAAGCCUCAGGACUGAACGCCUCCAGCCAUUAUGUCGGUGAAGUUAAAGUUCAGCUCUCCUAGUGAUGGUCUCUCUGGGGUCAGUAGGAGCCGAUCCUUCGCUGGAUUUAGUACAUUACAAGUCAGAAAGACCUCGCAGUCCCUUCGGAAAAACUCUGUAAAGUCAAAGCUGACUGUCCGGUCUGAGAAGUUGUAUCCAUCCCUGAGGAAAGGAUCCAUCAGACUGGACCCUCAUCCUCACCAAGUCAAAAAGAUAUUUGAAGCUUUAAGAAAAGGAUUAAACGAGUACCUUGAGGAACAUCAAACGCAGCUGGAUUUCCUGGCCGGCCAACAGAAAGACAUAAAAAGAAACUCCAGACUGGGCUAUGUGUAUGACCUGGACAAGGAAAUUCGCUUAAUUGAAAGACAUAUUAGGAAGUUGGAGUUCCACAUCAGUAAGAUAGAGGAGCUGUAUGAGACCUACUGCAUACAAUGGCGGCUACGUGUUGGAACGUGUAACAUGAAACAUGCAUUUUCCCUAUCUCCAUCAACAAAAGCCUCCAGGGAAAGUCUCAUAGAACUGAGCAAGAACUUCCAGGAGUGCACUGAGGAUAUGUGUAUGAUUGAAGGCGCACUGGAAGUCCAUCUGGGAGAAUUCUUCAUUAAGAUGAAAGGUCUGGUGGGUUACGCUCGGCUCUGCCCUGGAGACCAUUAUGAGGUGCUGAUACGUUUGGGUCGCCAGAGGUGGAGGUUAAAAGGCAAAAUAGAAACAGACGACAGCCAAAUGUGGGAUGAAGAGGAGAGAGUAUUUAUACCAAAUCUCUGUGAAAAUUUUGAAAUCAAGGUUAUAGAACUGCGAGGCCUAUCCACCAUCAUGGUCGGGGUUGUGACAUGCGACAGCGCUGACUUUUUUACCACUCAGCCAAGGAUCAUCAUCGUGGACAUCACAGAGCUGGGCACUAUUAAGCUGCAGCUGGAGGUUAUAUGGAAUCCCUUCGAUAACAGCAAGAUUCUGUCAACACCUGGAAUGACCAACAAGUUUUCAUCAAGUGUCCGAAAGAUAUCCUUAUAUCACUGGACGCCCCCCAACACCCCAAGCUUCCGGGACAAGUUUUACCUUAAUGAUCUGGACAGCACAUAUCCAUCUUUGGAAAAAGAUAUCCAGACCCCAUAUAUCCUGAGCUACCUGGCCAACAACGGCUUCAUCAGGGAUCGCCGAAGUCUAGAACAGAGCAUGGAAUUAGAUAGCAUAGACAGUCUGAGGAAUCUGGAGGAGAUUGGCAGUGAAGUUGCCCCCAGUUCACUGUCCUCUUGUGGGGAGACUCAACAGUAUUCUUCACAAGAGCUGACCAAAGAAGAGCAGCCCUCCAGUCACGAAACUCUGGAUAUUCUCAAAGAGACUCCCAAACGUUACAUUGGCCGUAGCACCAUCAAACCUUCAAGAGUGGAAUUCGAUAAACCCCCUAGUAUAGAGCUAAAAGAGGAGGAAAGGACCCCCAGCCCAGCACUUAAGGAAAAUGCUGCAGAUGACAGCAAGAGACCAUCACUACCACAGCAACUGAAUGAUGUUCUGGACCUGCUGAGGUCAGAGGAGGCAACAAGAUGGAAGAUGAAGGAGAUGGAGCAGUCUGUGAUGAACUUCAGAGAGAGACUACUAAGAUCCAGUGAUUCCGGGCCAGAGCUUCCCUCCAUGGAUAGCCUGAUGGUGGAGACGGCAUUGGAAAGUUUUGACUUUUUGAACACAGACUUCAGUGCAGAUGACCUGUCUCUGUUUGGCAGCAUUCGCACUCACAGUAAGAGUAAUGGGACGAUCACUCCAUCUGUCGCGCAGACGUUCAGUCAUCAUAGUGAAUCGGAGCAGGGUGGACUUUCCACUGGACAUGAAGACCUGGACACGCUCUUAUCCGUCCAUCUGGAUAUCUGUAAAGCGCUACUAAAGAAACUGACCUCACCAAACAGUGCCCGGAUUAUACAACAUCAUCUCUUGGAGGAACUGUCCUGGCAAAGAGAGGUACUGGAGGAUCUGUCAAUUAUUUAUAUCCAGAAAGUGCAGGAGAAGGCCUCCAUAGAGGACAUUUUUCCAAAGAGUAAAAAGAUCCGACAUUUCCUGAAGCUCUGGGAGAGCUGCGUCCAGCCGGAGGGACCUUGGUUCUGCUCCUCUGAGGUUUUCUUCAAUCAGCUUAAGAAAAUGUUUGUGCUGAAGAUCAAAGCCAAAUACCAAGGUCACCUGGAGGCAGUAUUUAGAAAAGUGCUGGAGCAAAUAUUUGGAUUUGGUGGGAUAAUGGCAUCCAACGAGAUCCCUGAGUCUAUCGUCUCCAUCUUUUUGUUCUACUGCUACCUGCGGAGAUACCAUGUGGUCGACCUGGAGAAACACUUUGCUGCACUUACAAGAGAAGUCCUACUCAUCAGAGACCUGCAGCUUCCUGGGCGUCUAAAGAAGAUCAAAAAGCUGAAAGCAAAGCAAAUCUCACGGCUGCAGCCCCUGCCGCAGUUCCUGAAGCUUGUGGCCACGUUCCAGAUAGACGAAAACCUGAAGCUGUGCAAAGCAGCCAUAAGCUUUCUCAGCAGAGCAUCGGCAAAUAAGCACUUCAAGCAGAAGGCUAUUCUGUAUUACACUGAACUCCUUUCUGAUGAAGAUGUAAAGCUGCAGAGAUCAGCGUGUCUGGCCCUAAAACAUUUGAAGGGCACGGCCAGCAUUGACCAGAUUGCAGGACUGUGCCAGUCAGAAGUGGAGGAGGUGAGGAUCACAGCCAGAGAGACCGUCCUGUCAUUUGGUCAGAAAGGUCGAAACACAUUUGGAAAGACUGACAAGAUCUGCCGUGAACUCCAGGAAACACUGACUCUGGAUGGGGAGAUUGAGAUCACCGUGUUCUGAGGAGCAAGACGUGAACUGAUGAAGCCACUGAGCACAUACAUACCAAAGACUUAACUCUACCAGGCAUUACUGAUUAUAAGGAAGAUUAUAUGGUUUUGGAACAUUCAACCAUGAGGCACAUCCAGUACUAGGAGUUCACCUGGUAAUAAGUAACCAAAUGAAUGAAGUAUGGCGGUCGGCACAGCGGCAGGUGUCCGGUGCACAAGAAGAUGCAGUACAAUAUAAAGAGAGGUCCCGGGACACGGUAAGUAG